ACUUUGCCUCUCACAACCCCUCUGCGCCUAAUUUCCGAACCAGUCACCAUGUCCAUAAUGGAGCUUCACAUGCGGCCGUUACUUGCAAGUAAUGCGCCUCGACCCUCACUAUUCACUCAUAGAGACGCGUUGCAUCGUCCGUCUUCUGUGCUCCUCCCUCGUAAAAUAGUCAACGGCGCGGUAGAAUAUCGUCUGGGAGAAAGCACGCUGGCAAGAUGUCGCAAUCACAUCCCACUGCAAGUGAGCCGACGAGGUCAGGGGCAUCGCGUGCGCUGCUCCGCCAGUCAGAAGGGGCCGUCGUCGCCAGCGGCUGGCGCGGACGACUGGGUGGCGCGGCAUGCGGACGCGCUCAGGCUGCUGCCGCUCGCAGCGGGCGCGGCAGGCGGAGCGGUGGUGCUGGUGAACCGCGUGGUGUGGGGCAUCCCCGCCGUCGCCGACGCGGGCAGCGCGCAGGCCCGUGCUGACGUCAUCUGCCUUGUCCUGGCGGCGUCUCUGGUGCUGUCGGGGCUGUCAUGGCUGGCGCUGAGACCCAAACCACAGACACCGGUGCCCCUCAAUGGCGUCCCCUGCCACCGCAUCCUGCCGUCCCUGCCUCGACCCAUUCAGCAAGAGCUCAACUGGGCGUGGGAAUCUCUCAGUUUUAACACCCCCUGCCGCUCCCUAGUGCUCAUCUUCAAGGGGCAGUGUAUUCUGCAAGCAGGCUGCAUGGCUCCAGUGCCCAGCAUGCCCAGUGCCACCACCACUGUUGAUGCCGCUGCUGCUGCUGUGGACGCUGAGAAGAUUCUCUCGGGCUCCAUCUGCUCCACAGCUCUCAAGUCUGGACGGUCAAAUUAUCUAGCUAACCUCAUUCUGUUCCCAGCAAGAUACGAGCUCUUCCAGUUCCUUCCGGACAACACCCAGGCAGCUAUAGUUCAGCCUGUAGGGGAUGGAGAUGGGGUGAUCGUUAUGGGCAGUGACACGAUCAGAGGCUUCACACCUCUCCAUCAGGUGUGGCUUGGGAGCAUUGCAGAAAAGUUAGAUGCGUCAUUGUCAUCAUUCCAGGAGCAAGGUGGAUUGUAGUGCAGGGGUCUCCCUUCCCAGUUUUCUCUCUCAUGACAUAUUAUGAAGUC